AUGGCCAAAGUGAGAGAAUUGAUCAAAGAGGAAGAUAUAAAAAUAGAACAACAAAUUUAUACAGAAUUGAUAUCUCAAGACGAAGACUUCCAAAUAGAACAACAAAUUCAUACAGGGUUGAUCAUCCAAGACGAAGACAUAAAAAUAGAACAACAAAUUCAUCCUGAGCUAAUAAUUAUUAAAAAUGAAACAAUAGAAGACAAUGUUUCAGUUGAACAUGUACAAAAUUUUACUGAAAGCUACCCUGAAAAAUGUUUCGCAUGUGAGCUUUGUAAUAAAGCAUUUUCCCGUCGAGAUCUGUUGAAAAGACAUAAACGAAUUCACACGGGAGAGAGACCAUUUUCGUGUGAUGUAUGUGAUAAAACAUUUUCCCAACAUCACCACCUAGUUGGACACAAACGAAUUCAUACAGGAGAAAAACCUUUUUCAUGUGACAUUUGUGACAAACAAUUCGGCCACCAAAGUAAUUUAUAUCAACAUAAACAAACACACCUUGGUGAGAAACAAUUUUCAUGUGAUUUUUGUGAUAAAAAAUUUAAUAGAAAAACUGAUUUAAUUUCUCAUAUACGAAGUGAUCAUCCGGGUGAAAAACCGUUUGCUUGUGAUAUUUGUAACAAAAGAUAUCUUAACAAAACCAAUUUACAUUAUCAUAAACGAACUCAUACGGGCGAAAGACCAUACUCGUGUGAUAUCUGUGAUAAAUCAUUUAUCCAAAAAGUCACAUUAAUUACACAUAAACGGAUACAUUCUGGAGAAAAACCUUUUUCAUGCAAGAUCUGCCAAAAAAAGUUUACUCAAUAUCAACUUUUAGUUCGACAUCAGCGAAUUCAUUUUGAAGAAAAGUCUGAAUUAAGUAAUUCUGAAGUAGAUAGUGAAGUUUUUAGUAAAGUUGAAGACAUGGGAAAUGGACAACAAUCAAAAUUAACAAUUGGAAAUGGAAGCUUUGAAACUGGACAACAAUUUUCAUCAAAAUUAAUAAUAAAAAAUGAAAAACAGGAAAUUGGACAAAGAACGCAUAGUCGAGCGAAACCUCAUCAUUGUGAUGUUUGCAAUAAAACAUUUUCCCAACGCAAUGUGUUAACCGCACAUCAACGCAUUCAUACGGGUGAAAAACCUUUUUCUUGCGAUGUUUGUGGUAAAAAGUUUACCCACAAACAUCAUUUAAGAGGACAUCAACGAACUCAUACAGGAAUACGACCAUAUUCAUGUGAUGUUUGCAAGAAAACAUUCACCGAAAAACAUACCUUAAAUAGACAUAAAAAAUCUCAUGAAUGA